CAACCGCCAUUAAACCUGCGAGGAGGAGGAUGAGGAAGAAGCACUAGAAGAAGAAGCAGCACAAGUUCCGCCUGCUCCGGAGCUGCAGCAUCGGAUCCGACCCAGAAACUGAACAAUAUUCAGGUUCGUGAAGAUUUAAAUCCGCCACAAGUGCAGAGUUCGACUUUAAACCGUGUGCGUGGACUUUCUCAACCCGCGCGAAGACUCCCGCUGCUCGUUCGAAGGCGACCAGGCCUCGCGGGCUCCUCGCCAUGAGUUACGGAAGGCCUCCGCCGGACGUCGACGGCAUGACUUCGCUCAAAGUGGACAACCUGACGUACCGGACCUCCCCAGAAACCCUGCGACGGGUGUUCGAGAAGUACGGCCGGGUCGGAGACGUCUACAUCCCGCGGGACCGAUACACGAAGGAGAGCCGCGGCUUCGCCUUCGUGCGUUUUCACGACAAACGCGACGCUGAAGACGCGAUGGACGCCAUGGACGGCGCGCUCCUGGACGGACGGGAGCUCCGGGUCCAGAUGGCCCGGUACGGCAGACCCCCGGACUCUCACAACGGAGGAGGUGGAGGCGGCGGUGGUCGCGAUGGAGGUGGAGGUCGCGACGGAGGUGGAGGAGGCGGAGGAGGAGGAGGACGGCGAGGAGGAGCGCCCCGGAGGAGCGGAGGCUAUGGCCGCCGAAGCAGAAGCUCUUCCCGCAGCCCGAGACACAAGAGACGCAGCAGGUCCCGCAGCAGGAGCCGCUCUCGUUCCCGCAGCAGGUCCAGGUCCAGCAGAUCCCACUCCUACUCCAGAUCCAAGUCCCACUCUCCCAGGGCCAAGACCGCCAAGGCCAAGUCCCACUCUCGCUCCAGAUCAAAAUCCAAGUCUAAGUCCAGGUCCAGAAGCCAUACCCCUGCCUCCAAAAGAGAGUCCAAGUCCAAGUCUAGGUCCAGGUCUAAAAGCCCGCCCAAGGCCGCACCAGAAAAUGGAGGUGAAACCCCGUAGAGCUCUGCAGAUCAGCAGUAGUUUCAGGUGAUGACAUCAGAACUUCUUAGACAGGAUCCCACACGAGCGACGUGUACGGCUGUUAAAGGUUAUUACUGUGUUAUCCGUGCUUUGUUCUCAUUUAUUUAGCUUCAGUACAGCUUCUUUUUUUUCCAUGUCAUCGAUGUGCUGUGAUUUUUUUCUUAUUUUCAUAAAGUUUAAUCAUUUAUUAAAAAGGGGUGGGGGUCGUGUUCAGACAUCACUUUCAGAUGGUUCACUAGAUACUGCGAAGCGUCCUCUCUGCAUCCUGUAUCAUGGAGUGAGUUCUGCAGAGUCUCGCUUGCUUUUGAGUUCUUCAUUGCAAACGUUCAUUUUGUAAAAAUGUUCAACGGGGGGGACCUGCUGUUUUAUGCUAGCUUCUCUGUAAUCUCACUCUGUGAUACAGGCGUCAACAUAAUGAGACAUAAACAUCAGAGCCUCACUUAAAACAUUUGCUCCUAAAUUUCCAUUUUCAGUCUGGAAUCAAAAAGGGAUACAAAGUCCCUAAUCAUAAUAUAUGUGAGGAAAAGCCUUUAGUUUCCCUUACUUCAUUUCACACACACACGAGUUAAAUUGAAGUAAUCCCGCAGUAAACAACACGGAUGCUUCCUUCCUUUGGUUGCUGCCGCUCAGGUUGUUGUCCAUGUAGACAGGACAGUUGUUUAUUCUAACUCAAGUUAAAUAUAAUCACAUGUGAAGUUCAGUAAGUUGAGUGCAACUUUCAAGUGUGGGUAAAGGUCAUCGAUGUGUAGAAUGUGUCAUGUCCGAUUUUAAGGUAAAACUCUUGUCGUUGAGUCUUUUUAUUUUAAAGGAUAUAAUUUGCUGCACUCUUAGACACUGUUUGUUCAUCUUUUCUUUUUAAUUUCUGAUCCUAAUCCUGCCUGUAUGUGUUUUUGUGCACUAGGCGCAGUUGUGUAGCAGUUGAAUAUUGCUGGUUAGCUGUUAAGGUGGCGUGUUGCUCUGCUGAGUGCUUGGAUGUAUCCAGUAUUCUCCAGAAAGCUCCUGUGACUACCAGUGGUGCGGUUGCUACAGUCUCAUGCUCUGUACCAUGACAUGUUUAUUUCCCAUGUGAUCCAAAAAUGAGACCUUCAAUAAAGAAUUAUUUGGUAUUUUU